UUCCGUUUCUCUCCUUCUCUCUGUUUCGUUCUCCAUUCUUUUGUCGCCCUCAUUCCUUUACGAGCUGGACACUCCGCAUUGGACAGCGCUGGACAGGUUUCCGCGCAUCCAGCACGCAGCAUCCAGCACACAACACCACGCAACGAGAGGCACACCCAACUCACCGGUGACCUCAUCGUUCGCCACGACACUCAUUCCAUUUUCUUUCCCGGGAACCCCAAUUCACCUUGAUGUUCAAACUAUUCGUUCAUGUAAACGAGCGGGGCAGCUACUCUUCCUCUCCCACCAGCACCUUCAGAUCUCGACCCUCCGUGUCCCUCGCCAGCCCCAGCUUCGUCGACGACGACGCCUACAUCACCAUGGCAAAGGGUCGUCGCCCCCCGCCCCUCAACCUCAGCAUCGAUGCCCGGCCCAGGAGCCUGCCGCGGAUAUCCAGGACACCCGCCAACAAGGAGGCCACGCCGCUGCUGACUCCCCUCCCCGAAGACGAUUACGAGGACCCGCCUGAGCCCAUCGUUCGGGUCGUGCGUAUUGCUGUCGAUUUCAUGCACCUGGUCGCUUGCAUGAUGCUGGUGUUGAUGAUGUCCAUUUUCCUGGCUACUUAUGCUCAGGCCAUAUCCUCGAGUUACGGACCAAAGGCCGUGCUGCUUAUCAUAGCGCUGGCCUGUGACGUCGUCCUCGACAUGAGGUCAAUCCGUCUCUGCGACCGUUCCUGGAAUGAUUGGGCCCUGUUGGCCCGGUCCCUCUCAUCGUCCGUCUACCUUGGCCUUCUUAUUGCGUUCCUUGCAGCGGAACGAGUCUUUCCGAUUGACUACACGUACUGGAACAUGGCCCCCGAGGAGGCUGGCGAGCCGGUUAUUGCCCUCGUAUGCGUUGUCUUGUAAGUCUUUCAACAUGUUACUCGUUCUUUUUUCCCAUACCCCGGGAGAGACACAUGCAAGCAAACAAGAAGCUAACUCUGUCUGCC